UUUUCUGGGAGCCGAUCGGAGCCGCUCGAGAGACGCACACAGAGUUCGCUCCCUGUCUGACUGCAGCGAGCUCACCCCGCAGAGAGGCCGCUGCGGGAAGAUGGCGACGGAUAAACAAAAACACGAGGGUAGAGUUAAAAUCGGACACUACAUUCUCGGUGAUACGCUCGGAGUCGGGACGUUCGGGAAGGUUAAAGUGGGCCAACAUGAGCUGACCAAGCACCAAGUGGCGGUGAAAAUCUUGAACCGGCAGAAGAUCCGCAGCUUGGACGUGGUGGGGAAAAUCCGCCGGGAGAUCCAGAACCUCAAGCUUUUCAGGCACCCUCACAUAAUUAAACUGUAUCAAGUUAUUAGCACCCCUACAGAUAUCUUCAUGGUCAUGGAGUAUGUCUCAGGGGGAGAGCUCUUCGAUUACAUCUGCAAAAACGGAAAGCUGGAAGAGAAGGAGAGUCGGCGACUGUUCCAGCAGAUUAUAUCGGCAGUAGAUUACUGCCACAGGCACAUGGUGGUACACCGAGACCUCAAACCCGAAAACGUGCUGCUCGAUGCACACAUGAAUGCAAAGAUUGCAGAUUUCGGUCUGUCAAACAUGAUGUCAGAUGGAGAGUUCCUGAGAACCAGUUGUGGUUCUCCGAACUAUGCUGCUCCUGAAGUCAUCUCAGGAAGAUUAUAUGCCGGUCCGGAGGUGGAUAUAUGGAGUAGUGGUGUCAUUCUAUAUGCAUUAUUGUGCGGGACUCUCCCCUUCGAUGACGAUCACGUGCCAACGCUCUUUAAAAAGAUCUGCGAUGGGAUCUUUUUCACCCCACAGUACCUGAACCCCUCAGUAGUAAGCCUCCUUAAACACAUGCUGCAAGUGGACCCAAUGAAAAGAGCAACCAUUAAAGAGAUCAGAGAGGAUGAUUGGUUCAAACAAGAUCUGCCCAAGUACUUGUUUCCAGAGGAUCCCUCCUACAGCAACAACAUGAUCGACGAUGAGGCCUUGAAAGAGGUGUGUGAGAAGUUCGAGUGCACAGAAGAGGAGGUCCUCGCCUGCAUUUACAGUCGGAACCACCAAGACCCGUUAGCCGUUGCCUACCAUCUCAUCAUUGACAAUCGACGCAUCAUGAGCGAAGCCAAGGAUUUCUAUCUGGCUUCUAGCCCUCCUGACAACUUUCUGGACGACGUGGCCGGAAUCAUCAAGCCUCACCCUGAGCGUUUGCCCGUCUUUGUGGCGGAGCCCCCUCCAAGGUCCCGCCACACGCUAGAUGAACUGAACCCCCAGAAGUCCAAACACCAGGGCGUAAGGAGAGCCAAGUGGCAUCUAGGGAUCCGCAGUCAGAGCCGACCCAACGACAUCAUGACUGAAGUGUGUCGUGCAAUGAAACAGCUGGACUAUGAGUGGAAGGUGGUUAAUCCAUAUUAUCUGCGUGUGAGGAGGAAGAAUCCUAUCACUGGAAUGCAAACCAAGAUGAGCCUUCAACUGUACCAGGUGGACAGCAGAACCUACCUCCUCGACUUCCGUAGCAUAGAUGAUGAUAUGCUGGAGACUAAAUCUGGGACUGCAACCCCUCUCCGUUCUGGUUCUGUGGGGAACUACCGCACCACAGUAAAGGGUGACGUAGAGGGAGCAGAUGCUCCGGCCACGCCCAGCUCUGUGCAGCCCACCAAGACUGCUGAAGGCUCCUUAGGUUCCUCUCUGACCUCGUCCAUCGACUCAUCCGGAGGUGCGGACAACACGCCUACCCCAAGACCAGGGAGCCACACCAUCGAGUUCUUCGAGAUGUGCGCAAACCUUAUUAAACUACUUGCACGAUAGCUUGCAAAAACAAUCAUCGCUAGCCUUUUUUCUCUCUGAGUGUCUUUAUAGCAAUAAGCAUGCAACCGAUUCAUGGCUCACUUCAUCCAGACUGAGGAUGAAGUGUUUGUUCCAUGGCACUGAUGCAGGUUGGCGUUCCCUGAGCUGUAAGGGAAGGUAUACUGAGCUGACUGGUUUUGUAGGAGUUGAGGAAAGAGGAAUUAAUUGCUACUUAACUAGCUAGGACAGAACAACAUUUCAGAGGGAAAGAGGGGGGGAAAUUUCCAGAUCAGUCCUCAACAACAGAUGCCCACAUCCCAAAUACAACUAUAUGCGGAAGUGAUUACACUGAACGGUCUGUACUGUAUCCUGUAAGACCCAGUUGUCAGUACAGAGAACAAAAUCUCGUUUUUUUUUUUUACCUGCAGAGGAGGAAGCCACGGAUCGGUGUUAAGAACUGAGUGGCAGUCAUAGGAGGCAGGAGGCACUUUUGCACAACUUUCUUUAAUUUUUUCUGCUGCUUGUACUUUUUUUUUAAGCUCUUCUUAAGGAUCAGAGAAGUGUUGCAGGUGUAAUGGGGAACUGCACUAUUACAAGCCCAUCCCAUUCAAACAGACCCCCCUGUAAAGUGCUGUGACCUCUGCCGCUCUGCAGUGUGUCAGGGACAAAAAGGAUGCUUUAUCAGAUUUACUUUGGGUUUUCAUGUUUCUGUCAAAGACCUAACUGUUCAUGGUUUUGUCCUCAUUGUAAAUUGUUUGGAUUUGUUCUUCCCCUGCAUUUUUAUAUAUGAAGAUAUAAGCAUAUUUAUCAAUGCAUUACGUUGAGGAAGUUUUGGUUGUAAAAGAAUUAGAUUUUUUUUUUUUUUUUGCAUUAAUUUCUAUUGCUGGAUAUUAUAUAAGCAUAUAUUCUUUUUUUUUUUUUUAUUACUGUUUUUACGUCUGUCGAUUUUGUUGCCCUCAAUCACAAUUAUUCUGAUACUUGAUUGUCUUUGUAAAUAACUAGCCUGCUUUUCCAAUUUAAGAGGAGUUUUUUAUGACACAGAAUCUAGAAAUAUAUCCUUUUAAGUGUCAUGUAGUAGGUGGACAUAUUGAUUUUGACUUUUAUGUUAUAUUUUCUCUGUUCAGGAUAAAGUGUUGGAUAUGAGUGUGAUUACUGAGUGAAAUGCCUUUGGCCUACAUCCAUUUCAAAAAAUGCCAACCAGUCAAAUAUACAGACCUCAAGGCCUCCUUUUAAACCAAUCGUAGCAGUUGUAUCUGAUGUGUUGGGAGUUUGUGCAUUGGUGAAUACAAAUGAAAAUAUUUAGUUUCACAUGAUUAUUUUUUAAUUGCUCUCACAUUCCUUUGAAAGUUGACAUUUUAAUUCCAGUCUUGUCUUGAAUCUAUUUAGUACUGUAAAUCAUGAGGGACAGAAAAUUUCCGGUUAAGAUGGACAACUUGAAAGUUUUCUAUUUGAUUAUUGUCUGGACAUUAAAAUUCCAGACUCAAAAGUCCAAGAUAUGUCUUAAAUUAGAACACAUCUCAUUCCAGUUCCUGUUCAUCGUCUUAAAGUUAUAAUCAAUCAUUGAUUGGCAGCCUUAUCCUUAUUCUUAUUAGUACUGUUCAUCAGUUUUAUGCUAGAAAUAUGAUUUCAGUGCUGGUCAGGAAUAUUGGCAACUUUUGCCAUUUUAAAGGUUGAUUUUUCACAACAUAUUUUGGUGUUAUAUCAACAGAACACACUUAAAUCUGGUUUUGAAGAACUAAACACCAA